UCAAAAGGUGAGCUAAAACUUCUGUUAUUUCAGAUAUAGUCCAUAAAUCUCAAAAUGUCUGACAACACUGAAGAAAAGACCAAAUCCUAUAGCACAGCUCCAUUCGACGCUCGCUUCCCCAACACCAACCAGACACGCAACUGUUUCCAGAACUACCUCGACUUCCACAGAUGUAACAAGGCUUUGUCAGCCAAAGACCAGGACACUGCUCUGUGUGAGUGGUACCAGAAAGUCUACAAGAGCCUUUGCCCCAACAGCUGGGUCAGUAAAUGGGAUGAGCAAGUGGACAAUGGAAACUUUGCUGGAAAAAUAUAAUCAAAGUUACAACAUAUUUAUUAUUAUUAUUGUCUCCUA